CAAGACGAUAAAUUUGCCGAUGAUUCUGUUUUAGUGGAUAAUUGUAUAAAUUUUGAAAAAAGUGCUGUGUUAAAUUCAAGUAUAGAAUUUUUAAUCGUCAAAUGUGACCAGAAAACAAAACGGAAGAAAGAGAAUGUCUACAGUAAUGCACAUACAAUAGUUCCUAUGAAAGAAGAUGUACGACAAAGAUUAGAUAAUUUUAAACAAAAUGAUAGCGCACAACCAAUCAGCGUUAUAAUGAUUGGAAUUGAUAGCAUAUCACGCCUUAACUUCUAUCGUUCAAUGCCAAAAACUGCAAAUUAUAUUCGAUCAAAAGGAUGGUUUGAGUUACGUGGUUACAAUAAAAUUGAUGACAAUACAUUCCCAAAUGUUAUGGGAAUAUUCACUGGUUAUAAUAAUUCACAAGUACAUAGCAUAUGUGAUCCAGAAUAUCAUGAAUUAGAUGAAUGUCCUUUAAUUUUAUACAAAUAUCGCGAUCAUGGUUAUGCAACUGCUUAUGCUGAAGAUUCAGUAAAAAUGCAUACAUUUAAUUAUGGUAAAAGAGGUUUUAAUAAUCAGCCUACAGAUCAUUAUAUUCGACCAUUAUUCCUUGCAUCUAAUAUAUCGUUAAAAAUCGUUGAUGUUGACGGCUUAGACUUUUGUGUUGGUCCUGAAACAAGUGAAGAAAUUGUGUUAAAUUUUGCAAAUCAAUUCAUUGAUACCUACAAAAAAGAUCCAUAUUUUGGAUUUUUUUGGAUGAACAGUUUCAGUCAUAAUGAAUUAAACGAACCAUCAAUGCUGGAUUUCCAAACUAAAUUAUGGUUUGAUAUGGUUGAAAAUACUGGUUUAUUUAAUACGUCCAUUGUGAUAUUCUUAAGUGAUCAUGGAAUACGGUUUGGAGAUUUUAGAGGAACUAAUUCUGGAUGGUUGGAAGAACGUUUACCAUUUAUAUUUAUAUGGUUACCGGAAUGGUUUCGUAAUAAAUUCCCUACAGCUGUUAAAAAUUUAAAAAUGAAUGAAAAUCGAUUUACGACGCCGUAUGAUUUACAUAUAACUUUACAAGAUAUUUUAAUAAAAUCUGGACGUUUAAAAGAAAUAACACCAAGUUUAGCGUGUCCGAAAUGUCGAAGUUUAUUUGAUGAAAUUCCAUUUCAUAGAGGUUGUGAAGACACGAACAUUAACUUACAUUGGUGUACUUGCAAUGGUUUCAAAAAAAUUAGUAAAGAUACAUCUGACAUUAAAGAAGCUGCAAAAGUAUUUGUAAAUACAAUACAAAAUAUUUUAUCAAAAAAUAAUGAGACACGUUUACUGUGUCAUCAACCUUCUUUAAAGCGAAUCAUGGAUGCUCGUGAGUCACAAUUAGUCACAGCUAACAUCAAGUAUUAUUUAAUAUUAAUUGAAAUUAAUCCUAGCGGUAAAUUUGAAAGCACUAUUGCAAAGACAACCGAAUUGGAUGGACAAAAUACAUUUGAAUUGAAGGGUGAUAUCAGUCGUAUAGAUUGGUAUGGCCAUGAAAGUGAUUGUGUUAAUAAAGAAUAUUAUAAGCUAUUUUGUUUUUGUAAAAAAGUGCUAAAGAAAGUUUAG